AUGCAGCUCUUGAAAGCUCUAUGGGCACUAGCAGGAGCAGCGAUCUGCUGUUUUCUCGUGUUUGUCAUCCACUCACAGUUUCUUAAGGAAGGUCAACUGGCUGCAGGUACAUGUGAGAUUGUUACUUUGGACAGAGAUAGCAGUCAGCCCCGAAGGACUAUAGCCCGACAAACAGCUCGCUGUGCAUGUAAAAAAGGACAGAUUGCCGGUACAACAAGAGCAAGGCCAGCCUGUGUUGAUGCACGAAUUAUCAAAACAAAACAGUGGUGUGAAAUGCUUCCAUGUUUAGAAGGAGAAGGCUGUGAUCUGCUAAUCAAUAAAUCAGGCUGGACCUGUACACAACCCGGAGGACGGAUAAAGACAACCACGAUUUACAUGGAGCUUGAGUGUAAUUUACAGAAGUGCAUUUUCAAGAAUAUUUAG